AUGCCCGUGUCACCGGCACCUGACCAUUACUCGGGAAUUAAGCUCAAUGAACGGUUGGUAUCACAAGAGCAAAUCGAUACGCUGAUGAGUGGUAAGAAGGUGGUCCAACUGCGAGACCUGAAGUUCGAAGUGAAGACCAAGGUGGUGGAGCAGGACCGUGUCUUCGUUGGUAUGAUAUUCAAAGUGGGGGCCACUCGUAGUGGUACGUUAGGGCGAGGGAAACUCGCCAGGACAGCACAGUAUUGUGAUGCUUGGCUGACGGACUUCCAUCCUUACAGCCCGACUUACGUUCGCGUACGCCUUACAGAUAGCGCCGCUGGGAUGAAGCUGAUGAGAGGAGAUGUGUGGUAUUUUCUCAACCCAGAGCUCACCCCUGAAGACGAUAAAGCGGCUUCAGGAAUGGCAGUGACUGCCCCUGUUGCAUUGACUGUAGACACUCGAGAUAAGAUGCUCAAGGUUGGUAUAGCGAGUGCGGUGGGGGAUUGUACGGCAGUGAUGGGGAGUAAAGGCAACCAUGGAUGCAUGUACCCUGUCAACACCGAGCUUGACCGGUCGGGUCUGUGUCAUGUCCAUCUGGAGGAGUUGAGGUCAAAGUCGUCGAACUCUCGCACUAUGACGGGUGCGAUUGUGGUCUAUACCGGGUCUAUCCGAAUUGGUCCUCGAUGCUAG